UGCGACAGUUUGCAGGACGACUUCCAAGACUCUGCACAGUAAACUAUUAAAGAAGGUACAAGGGAGUCUGGCUGAAAAUGAGGCCGAAGUCAAAGGCAAAAGCUGCAACUUGGAUCCGAAUUUAACUGCAUGUGGUUCAGCUGGCUCAUUCCAGACAACUGUGCCGGGGAGCUGUGGUUGGAAACAUUUACUUUUCCAUUACUUUGUGUUUUUCUCUCCUGCCGUCGGCUCCUCUGAGUAACCGGCAGCUGCUUCCAGUUUUUAGGUUUGGAAUAUGACGGUAGCACUCUGGUAAGACAUGCAGAAACUGUUGAACGUAAAGGACAAAUCUGUUUAUUUCAGCAAACUGGAGAAGAACAAGGUUGGCGUUUCUGUUGUGAUCUUGACUUUACUAGCUCAAACUUUUAUUGCAUUUAUGUAUUGCCUAUAACCUGAGGUCGCAUGAUGCUGGAACCUCGUAGACUCAUUUAUGCAUGCCACACAGAAGCCUUAGCCCCACUUACACCCUCUGUAUUUUCUUGAACUGUACUCUUUCACAGAUGCAGUGUGAACAGUUACAUGUGUUCCUUCUCAUUCAGUUCUGGAUGAACUCAUAGUUUUCUUUAUGAAAAACUCUGACUUGCAGCAAAAGGAGCAGCCAGAAAGUUGCCCUGGACAUUUUCAGAAACCUCUCAAAGGAGCAAAAUAAGGUGUUGAAAACUGGGAAAAUGAACUUUGAGGAUUCUCCUGAGCUUCCUGGAGAGCCCUCAUCCUACAAUAUGUUGUCUCAUGGAGUUGAAAAGAGUUCUCAGUCACUGGAACGAUGCAGUUUGGGGGAAGAAAGAAGUGAUUCAAUGACAACAGAAGAAGAGCGGAACCUAACGGAGCAGCAAAAUGGGGCCAUAAAUGCUAAAAUUGACUCAAAGAAGCAGAGGUUAGAAUCAAAUCAUGACCAGAAUAAUGUUGAUGAUGAACACAAAGUUCACUACUGCCAGAAAGAGACUUCAUCCCUGGAUAUAUGUGCAAUGAAUAUCGCUGUACAGCCCAAAUGUCAGCACAUUCCCGCCGACGGCAGGCGUACGGAUGGCGAUUUUCUUGCACCAGUUGAUAUGAGGGAGGAUGACGCUGAAGAAAGCCAACAGAAUGUAAAAGAUGUUUGUGAAAAUCCUCAAAAUUCACACGGCGAGGAAGAUUGUGCAAUAAGUACGAAUUCUAAUGUCAAUUUUGAAUCUGAAAAAAGGAGAAUAUCUCAAAUCAGACAUGCUGUCGUAACUGUGACACGGACAGAAUUACUGGCUCAAGACUCAACGCUGCAGGAUGCUGGAGAUGAAGACGAGAGGAUAUGUGGGGAGGAGGAAGAAGAGGAGAAAGAAGAUGUAGUUCCAGAUUGUGGUACAUCUACGCGCCCCGGUAAUAGUUCAAGAAAUAUUAUCAUAACAUCUGGCCCCCGAGCUAACAAACCUCCACCUGGAUCCGUCCUCACCCGAGCCACCUUCUCUCCCAGCUCCCCCACCGACAAGCCCGUCCAGCUGCCGGCCCGGUUCAGCAGGGUCCUGAGGAAAGGGCUGAGCGGCCCCGAGCAUGAGGCCACGGCUCAGAUCAGAGCCCCUCCUCAGGGGGCAAAGACGCCAGGCGUAAUGGAGAAACAGGAGGAUGUCAAGGCUCAGGGGGCCUUCCUGGACCACAUCUCCCAAUUCCUGAGUCGGGAAAAGAGGGUAGAUGAGAACCCGAGUGAGGAAUCGGAGGCUAAAAAGGACUGGGGAGAGACUGCAAUAAAUGCAAAUGAUGAAAGUCAAGAGGGAGAGAGAAAGGAGCUUCAAAUACAGGAAGAUGUAAAGGUUUCAGAGCCAGUCGACUCUGCAAAGUCUGUGUCCAGCGCAGAGGCAGCGUUUGACGCCUUCAAAGCCUUUUUCACUCCCAAGCCGUUGAAGAAGGUUCCAGCAGAGAAGGUUGAUCUUGAGGCGGUGAGGAAGAAGAUAAAAGCUGAUAAAGAUGUACUAAGAACUCUUUUUGAAAGAACCUCCAAAAAGACGCCAGAGAAGAAAGACUCAUCUGAUUGCACAUCAGAGACGUCUACUCCAGGAGAAGAAGAAGAAAGAACCCCUGGUCGCCUGCACGCUGUCUGGCCACCUUUGAAAGAGGAAAAGGUUGGGCUGAAGUAUACGGAAGCAGAGCACCAGGCCAGUCUCCUGCAACUGAAGAGAGAAUGCAAAGAGGAGCUGGACAGGUUACAGGAGGACUUUGAGCUGAGAAUCUACAGACAGCAGGUAGAAAACGGAAACAAUGUUGCCCGUCUGGAGGCCAAGUUGCAGGCCAUACUCUCCCAGGUUUCGCCGCAAUCUCCGGGGAAAGUCCGAGACAUUGCUGUUUCCACGUCAGAUGACUGUUUACGCAAGUCCUUCCGCAGUGUAUGUCUGCAGACGGACAGAGAGACCUUCAUCAGAGGUCCUGCAGAUGGAGAGGUGACCGGGAGGUCCUGCACAAGCCCUCGGCAGCAGAGGGGGACCCCCAAAAAGCUGGGCCUGACUUCCAUCAGCCUCGGCCUUGACGCCCGGAGCGAUGAUAAUUCUGUAACCUCGACUCAGAGUCUUCCUCCUGGAGACUCUCUGCUUCUGUCUGAACAACCAGCACCAACUUCUCAGCCCGUUACACCAGCUACACAGGAUUCUCCUCCUCCUCCACCUCCUCCUCCUCCUCCACCACCUCCACCAUGUUUGCCACCAACUGUAAAGCAGGUGCAAGCAUCAUUUGGUCCUCCACCCCCACCUCCUCCUCCUCCACCUCCAUCCAUGCCAGGCUCAGCUCUCCCUCCACCUCCUCCAUUUGGGGGUCUUCGUUUUGAUAAACCUCCAAGGAAACCAGCAGUGGAGCCUUCCCAGCCCAUGAAGACUCUUUACUGGACCAGAAUCCAGAUCCAGGACGACAAUAAGAACACUUUGUGGAACAUGUUAGAGGAACCAUGCAUAAUCAACUCCAGUGAGUUUGAGGAUCUUUUUGCCAAAACUACCACUACAGCAAAAAAGAAGCCACUCUCUGAGGCUUACGAGAAGAAAGCCAAAGCCAGGAAGAUCAUUAAGCUGUUGGAUGCUAAGCGCUCUCAGGCUGUGGGCAUCCUCAUAUCCAGCCUGCACCUGGAAAUGAAAGAUAUUCAACAAGCUGUGCUGACAGUGGACCCCUCCGUGGUGGACCUGGAAACCAUUGAGGCCCUGUAUGAAAAUAGGGCACAGCCAGAAGAGGUGGAGAGGAUCAGGAAACACUACGAGACGUCGGAGGAAGAAGACGUCAAACUGCUGGACAAGCCCGAGCAAUUCCUGUAUGAACUGUCCCAGAUCCCGGACUUUGCGGGCAGAGCUCGCUGCAUGAUCUUCCAGUCCGCCUUCAUCGAUGGGAUUGCCUCCACUCAGCGCAAACUCAGUACUGUCUCUGCUGUGUGUAAGGCUCUGCUGGAGAGCGACAGUGUCCGGGAGGUGCUGGGACUGGUGUUGGCCCUGGGCAACCACAUGAACGGGGGCAGCGUGAUCAGAGGCCAGGCCGACGGCUUUGGCCUGGAAAUCCUGCCCAAACUCAAGGACGUCAAGAGCAGGAACAACCGCAUCAGCCUGGUGGACUACGUGGUGUCAUACUACCUGCACAAUUUGGACAAGAACUCCGGCACAGAGAAGAGUAUAUUUCCUCUUCUUGAACCGCAGGACGUCUUUCUGGCAGCACAGGUCAAGUUUGAUGAACUCAACGGUGACCUCAGGCAGCUCGGGCGAGAUCUCUCAAGAUGUGAGAAAGAUGUACAGAGAGUGUGUUGUGACUCUCCUGAAGAAAACCUGCAGCCGUUUAAGGACAAGAUGGAGGCGUUCACCGUCACCGCACGAAAGGAGCACGCAGACGCUUCCUGUCAGCUGAUGGCCGUCCAGAAAAGCUUCCAGGACCUGGUCGUGUACUUCGGACUGAAGUCCAGGACAGGAGAAAAGGAGGUGACCCCGGGACACUUCUUUAUGCUCUGGUUCGAGUUCUGUGCCGACUUCAAGACCAGAUGGAAGCGGGAGAACAAAAACAUCUCAAAAGAGAAGUUGAAAGAAGCUCAGCUGUCAGUGAAGAAGAUCACAGGGGAGAAGAAAGUGGAGACAAGAAAGCUCAACCCCAACAGUCUGAAAGAGCGACUGCGACAAAAAGAAGCCAGCAUGUCUACAAACUGAGAGACUUGGGCAUCACACAAACUGUCAUCUGAAUCACAGCUGCACAACUAUCCACACAAAGCUGGAUCAGACUCCAUGUGGACGAAGACACCGAACCAUACACGUAUAAUGGCUCUGCUGCAUGUUAACAGGGUAUUCACCUAUUAAACCUGCCAUCCUUCUGUCCAUCAACUUUUGCUCAUCUGAGAGUGGGUCACUGGACUUCCAUGUCCCCAGCACCUUCAUCUAGCGCCUCCCGGGGGAAUACAAAGAUGUUCCCAAGCCAGCUGAGAGAUAUAAUCCAUCCUGGCUGCUUAGGCUUUCUUCCUGCUGGAGAUGCCGGAAACAUCCAGGAGCCAUCCAGGAGCCAUCCAGGAGGCAUCCCAACCAGAUUCCCCGACCACGGAUCCUCUCCAUGUGAAGCAGCAGUGACUCUACUCCAAAUUCCUCCCAAAUGUUGGAACUUCUCACCCUUCUCUAAAGGGGACAUCUUUAUGUUAAUUUGCAGCCUAAGAUGUAUUUAAUGUUUAAAUUUUAAAGAUAAAUCAAAUGUGUAGAGGUGUUCAAAUUCAAAAUUCACCUUGCAUUGAUUCUGACAUGUAAUUUUUAACGUUUUACAAUAUUU